AUGGAACGCCUUCAGAAACACUAAAUGAUAAUGCUGUUAAGCUUGUGUUGAUAGAUUAAACAAUUAAUGGUUCAUGAUGCUCAUACAAUAGCUUAUGUUGAGUAAAAUGCACGUGGAGCAUACCAUUUGUAAGCCGUAUACAUGUAAUCAAGGACCGGAAAUCAAUAAUUGUGGGUCGUGCAGAGGAGCUUGCCUCAAAUGAAGGUAGACCGGUGUCCGACAGAGGAAAUAUCUCUGUCCAAUUGUUCAGCAGUGAACCCAGUUGACUUUUCUGAAGACAAAGUAAGGCAUGUGGAAGUUGCCACUGCAAGCCACAAAUUUGUUUUCACUAUCAAAACUUCAGACAAAGUGAAACCAGGAUACAUGGGGUUCAGUCUGCCUAUGAGAAAAUGGGCAGAGCUUUCAAUAAGCCAAACUGUGGACGUACGGCCAUAUGUUUUUGACCCAAAUACGCAGUACAUUGCAAAAAUAACAUUGGAAGCUGAUUUCCUGGAAAAGAAGAGCUCUAGUAACACCAAAGAGCCUUAUGACACAGACAAAAUGGCAAUUGACUUUGUGCAGCAGUUCCCAAAACAAGCUUUCACUGUUGGGCAGGCACUUGCCUAUGGAUUUGCUGACAGGAAGCUCUUGAAACUUGUGGUCAAAGAAAUGGAAGUGGCAAGUUUGGAUUACCUGAAAGGUGAUGCUGCCAAACCUCAAAGCAAACCAAGAACGACAAGAAUUGGCUUGCUACUACCAGAUGCAGGAGUUGUGUUUGAGAAGGCAGAGGGCUCUGCUCUUGGUCUAACUGGUCAUGCAAAGGGAAAAAUGGUACGCCAGUCCAUCAUCAACCCAGACUGGGACUUCAACAAAAUGGGUAUUGGCGGUCUGGACAAGGAGUUCAGUGCAAUCUUUAGACGCGCCUUCGCAUCACGUGUCUUCCCUCCGGAACUAAUCGAACAGCUUAACCUGAAGCACGUGCGUGGUAUCUUACUUUAUGGCCCUCCUGGCACUGGAAAGACCCUCAUGGCUCGUCAAAUUGGAAAGAUGCUAAAUGGGAGGGAGCCAAAAAUUGUAAACGGGCCCCAGAUUCUCAACAAGUAUGUUGGUGAAUCAGAAGCUAAUAUUCGUCGUUUGUUUGAAGAUGCGGAAGACGAAGAGAAAAAGUUGGGAAUUAAUAGUGGUCUGCACAUCAUCAUUUUUGAUGAAAUAGAUGCCAUAUGCAAGCAGAGAGGGUCCGUGGCUGGAAAUACUGGUGUACAUGACACAGUUGUGAACCAGUUACUGUCGAAGAUAGAUGGUGUGGAAUCUCUUAAUAACAUUUUGGUUAUUGGAAUGACAAAUCGAAAGGACUUGAUAGACGACGCAUUGACACGACCUGGUCGCCUGGAGGUGCAAAUGGAAAUAGGGCUGCCCGAUGAGAAAGGAAGGUUGCAGAUCCUUGAGAUCCACACAGGCCCCAUGCGCACACAUGGGAAACUCACCACAGAUGUGGACCUAGCCGAACUAGCAACUCUUACAAAGAACUUCUCAGGUGCCGAAAUAGAGGGUCUGGUCCGUGCUGCCCAGUCAACUGCUAUGAACCGUCUUAUCAAGGCUGGAAGCAAAGUUGAGCUGGACCCUGAAGCAGCAGAAAAGUUGCGUGUCAGCAGGGGAGACUUCAUGAACGCUCUUGAAAAUGAUGUCAAACCUGCGUUUGGAACUAGUGCAGAAGAAAUCGAGCAGCUUGUAGGAAAGGGAGUAACCAGCUGGGGACCUCAGAUCAGUGGUAUCCUGGAAGAUGGGGAUUUGUUCAUACAGCAGGCGAGGUCCCCAGAGUCUCGUGGCCUUGUUACAAUUCUUCUGGAAGGUGCGCCAAAUUCUGGAAAAACAGCAUUGGCAGCAAAAAUUGCCUUGCGAUCUGAAUUUCCCUUUAUCAAGCUUUGUGGUCCUGAUUCUAUGGUUGGCUACACAGAAACAGCAAAGUGUCAGCUAAUCAAAAAGGUGUUUGACGAUGCAUACAAGUCACAGCUGAGCUGUAUUCUGGUGGAUAACAUUGAAAGGCUUCUAGACUACGGCCAUAUUGGGCCAAGAUAUUCAAACCUGGUGCUUCAAGCAUUGCUGGUACUUCUACAGAAAGAUCCACCGAAGGGCCGCAAGCUGUUGGUGCUUGGCACUACCAGCCUGAGGAACGUCCUGGAUGAAAUGGGCAUGACAAGCUCAUUCACAGCUGUGCUACGGGUCCCGAACCUGUCACAGCCUCAGCACGUCAUGGCUGUUCUGGAGGAUACUGACUGUUUCUCAAAGGAAGAGUUGGAUCGCAUUGCACGAACGAUUGAUGGACGCAAAAUAUGGAUUGGCGUCAAGAAGCUGCUAGCAUAUGUUGAUAUGGCUCGACAGACCCCAUCUGAAUACCGAGUCACAAAGUUCAUCUGCAAACUUGAAGAGGAGGGUGCUCUUGAGCUGAAAUAAAGCAGCGGCUCUGCUGAGUACUGGUACUGCAUAGUUUCACUUUGUUCAUUCCACUGUAUAGUAACUGCUUUGUAUAAGUUACAAUGGCACAUUUCAAUUAAUUGCGACCUGAAGCCCUCUCUGUGGCCAGUUGCUUGAGUGGUUCAUGCUCAGCGAUAAUGUUAUGCCCAUAUUGUAACAGGAUUAAGGAAUAUUAGAAAUUGCAAUUUACAACGCAUAAGGCAUGCUGUUCUUAUGUUGGGCACGAUGGUGGCUGUUGCAUCCAUGGUUUGGUUAUGCUUGGAAGUUUUAUGUUUUGUUGAUAAUAAUUGCCUGUUGCAGAAAGGAGGCGAGUGAAUAGUCACGUCAUGAAGACUAUCGCUGUUCCAACUUCCUCAGCCCAUUUGCAAAAAAAUUCACUCUUUACAUUUAUAAAGAGACUCCAGAAUUUUUGACAUAAUUGGCAAUCAAUUGACAUAAUUAAGAAUCAAACCUGUCUCCUAAAAUUUGGUGGGUAAAUUACAGAUGCACAAUCAUUAACAAAAAAUCGUAUACCGGGUAAAUCUAUUGUAUUGUAGAAGUUUUCGCUGUCGCAAUAACAUGUAAGAAGAAGGGGAAAAAAUACACUAAUACUUGGUUGAGGUAUUCCACUGCCUCAAUAACCCACUCUGCUGUGUUUUUUUUUUUUUUUUUUUUGUCAGGUAGCGACAUCAAAAAAUCAUUUUCUGCUAAAAAUCCGACUGUAGUGCUUUGUUGAAACUUCAAGAAAUAUUUGAUUGGUGAUAAAAAGCAGUACCAGAGGAUGUUUACUAGAUUGUAUAUGGAAAGUGGAGGAUGCAAGGUAAUGUACCUUUCAGAGGUGUUGUAGCAUGGUGGCAUAAUGUGGAUGAUAUUCUGAGUUCAAGCAAGAAAACCCACCUCCAAUAUUUAAUGCAAAACAGGUUGGAAGUGUUUGUGAAGCAGUACAUAACCUUACUGAAUGCACAUAAGUAUGUGCAUUAUGCAUGUUUCAUCCAUCAUCACACUUGUAACGCUAAAACGUGCAGCGUCUUAGAAGGCUGGAGUUGGCAUGACACAGCUGCUUUGUCCUGCACACUGUAUAGUUUGUUGGUGUCUUUUGGGGUCUUUCAACAAUCAAUAAUGUUAGUCCAUCAUUGUUAGAAGUGCCAUGAUGUGCAGUUUCACAAAUCAUAGAAUUGUACUGACGGUCCCUUGAGAAAUGUACUACUACAAUCGUCAUCAUGGAAGGCAGUGUAGGUACCUAUACCAGCUACUGGUACUGGGUGUAUGACAGCAUGACCUUUUCUUAGGUAUGUUACCCUAAAUUAUUUGAAGCUGCAUGCCAUUUGUGUGUUUGUUGCUCUAGCGAGUAUCAAUUUAUGUGCACUGCGGUUCAUUCCAAGUGCUUAGCCGUCUGGUGAUCAUGGUGAAGCUGAAGCUGCUGUGAACGAAGAAGAUAUGUUUCAUGCUGCGCCUGUUUUACGCAUCUCUUCGAACUUAUAAGUGCAGUUGCAUCUUUACUGUUCACACAUACAGCGAAGAACUGAUGAUAGUUUUUGCAGGAACACACAAGAGGUCAUAUCAUCUGGAAGUUGUCACAUGCACUUUUGCUCUUCUAAGGGUACUAAUUCAAAACUGAAAUAAAGGAAAUAGUAUUCCUUA